AUAGCUACAGUAUGUUCUAAACUACCACCUGUGCGUUAUGCCUCCCCGAAGACGGCCACAGUUCUCCCAGGAGAGCAUUGACCAGCAACUUCAGCAGAUACACCUCCUUGACCAGUCUUCUUCGUCCGAAAAUCUCGAGCAAUUAGGGCCUAUAAUCAAACAAAUACACGCAAGUCGGCAACAGGAUGUUUACCUGCGUGCUGUGCAGGCUCUUAUAGAGUCCAAGGACGAGGAGAUUGAGACUAUAUGUGGAGACAACUAUCAGGAGUUUAUUAGCUCCGUCUCGACACUGUUCUCCAUCAAGUCCUACACUACGAGCCUUCGCGAGAAGAUCACUUCGUUGGACCAGAGCGUUGCCCAAGUUGGGCGCGGACUGGUAGACAAGAAGAGGACAUUACUUCAGUCAAAGAGGACCGCGGCUAACCUUGAUGAAGGCAUUGACACGCUGCAGGCAUGUCUUCGUGUCCUCGACGUCGUGAACCGUGUGGGAGAAAUGAUCAAGGACGGCAAGUACUGGAGUGCGUUGAGGUCUUUGGAAGACAUUGAGAGCAUGCCUCCAACUUCCCUAUCGCAAACACCACUAUUCCAACACUUGCUCUCUUCGCUGCCAUCCUUACGCGGUCAAAUAAAAGAUGCAGUAACCGCAUCCGUGAAGCAGUGGCUUCUUGACAUUAGGAACAUCAGUGCACAGGUUGGCCAACUGGCGCUGGAGGCCAUGGACACCCGGACACGGAGAUGGCGAAGUAGACGCGAGAAGGACCCGCUACUCAAAUCAAGUCGCGUUGGCAGCGCCGUCGAGGUGGUCACAUACGAGAAGAUAGAAUACAACAUCUUGGACAAUGACCAGCUCAAGGUCGACUUUACGCCCCUCUAUCAGUGUAUCCACAUAUAUGGUGCACUCGAUGCACUUGAUGAGAUCCGAAAGUCCUACCAAGCGGACAGAAAAGCACAAUCCGAUCUCAUCAUACCCGAACCACUACCUCUUUCUUCCCUUCGCUCAGUCACACAGGAGAUCGUUGGUUUCUUCAUCAUUGAAACACAUGUCCUCAGUACCACCGGUAGCUUCCGCUCAGAACGGGAUGUUGAAGAACUUUGGGAUGCCUUGGUGAAACGUCUGACAAGUGUUGUGGAGGCGUCACUCAGAAAUGAGAAGGAUCCUGACACAUACCUCGCUGUCAAGGAAGUUAUUCUAGGAUUUGUUAUGACUCUGGAGUCGUACUCCUACUUGACUGGUAGCCUGCACUCUCUGAUCCUCAAGCUUUUCGAAAAGUAUGUUUCAAUGAUAGAGAAGCAGUUCAGUACUCGGUUUGAGAGUAUCAUCUCGCAGGACGAUUGUUUGCCGAUGUAUGUUGAGAAACCCGUUGAGAGGGAUAGCGUGUUGGAUACUGUCUGGCUGCAACCUGAUGAGCGAGAAGUGCUAUCUUCGAGUGCUCUCCCGCUGAGUCUACCAUGGUCGCAAGCUUUCUAUCUGAUUUGCCAAGAUAUAAGAGGUUUCGUACAAAAUUUCUACCAGUUCAUUGAGGGUGUGGCUCAGCAUCAUCGGAACAUUGACGACUUGUUGAGCAAGUCGCUGAACAAUCUGUUGACUGACUAUAUCAGCAGCAGUAUUGCCAAACGUGCUGAACAAACUUCCAACCUUUCACAAAUCGCCCAGAUUGUUGCAAACUUAGAGCAUCUUGAGGUCGCUUGUUUCAACCUCGAGCGAUCAUUGACGAACAUUCGAUCAUCACAGAGAGGUGGCGCAAUCAGAGUAAACGCAUCCAAAUCUUUCGCAUCUACCCUCUCUUGGGCACUAGCACGGGUCAAUGCAUCCAUCAAAUCCAAGCUAGAUGAUUUCCCAGGUCUGUCUGAAUAUGACUGGACACCGAGCACAAGAGAAGAUGCACCGAGCAUGUACUUGGACGAGCUCGUGAACUGGCUAACGACCGUUGUGGAUUCUCUGGUCAUCAAAGAGGCGUAUAAAGAGAAGGCGUAUCGGAGUGCCGUUGAGUAUCUCGCAGGGCGUCUUAUGGAUUUUAUGGCGGGACGCAAUAUCCCUAUGAUGAACGAGAAUGCCAUUUCGAAUAUCCUCGUGGAUGUGGAUUUCCUCGAAGAUGAGUUCAAGCGGAACGGACGGCCUGAACUUUGCUCCGUUUUCCAAGAAUUGAGAAUGACGACCUCGAUAGUGAUGUCGGAUAAGGUUCAAGAAUACCUCGUCCCGACCUUGCGACAAACGACGUAUGCUAUCGUUAAGCCGAAGCGUCUUCAGGCACUUUUGGAGAAACUGGCAAGGUACGGUUCCCAGUGUCGCGAUAGUCCGUCCCGAGAAAGAGGCGAGAAACGGCGGAAGGAGGCUGAGGCAGUUGGAAGAGUGUUCCCGGGCGAGAGCCGAUGAUCUUAUGUAUCACUCGGAGGAUUAUAGUCAUUGGACGGUUCUUUCUGUAUUCGCUACAUAUACCCUGCUAUGGAUACGUUUUCCCAAAGUGAACGAUUCUCAUUCUGCCAGUUCUCCAUUAUUCUAAACGUCAUGGAAGAGUAUUUUG